AUGGCUAGGGAAGAUUCUAUCCUCCCCAUCCUUUUCUUCAAGAUCAUCCUCCAAACUAAUCUUCAAAGGAUUCAAUUACCAAAUAAGUUUACUAGGAAACAUGGAGUUGGUCUAUCUAAUCCAGUGUUGAUCAAGCUUCCUGAUGGCACUGGAUGGAAAGUUUAUUGGAAAAAAAUCAAUGGCGAGAUGUGGUUUGAAAAGGGUUGGAAAACUUUUACUGAAAAUUACUCUCUUGAACAUGGCUGUUUGGUGAUGUUUGAAUAUAAAGGAACUUCCAAGUUUGAUGUAGUAAUACUUGGCCAGAAUGCAGUAGAAAUAGAUUAUGAUUCUUCAAGUGACACUAAUGAUGAAAAUGACAAUGUUGAUCAUAGUGAUGAUGAUGAAUCAGUUGAGAUUUUGGAUGAAUGGCUUAAUCGGAAGAAGGCUAGACAAAGAUCACCUUUUAUUUCUACUCGACCACAUAAGAAAGUUCGAGGAGAUCAUGAGAAGACUACUAAAAGAACUUCAUCAAUAAACUGGCCGAAGAAUGCUAGAGCUCAGGAAGUAGCUCAAAAUUUCAUCUCAUGCAAUCCUUUCUUUACAGUUCUCAUAAACCCGAAUGAUCUGGAAGCAAAUCAACUGUCUGUACCAGAUUUAAAAGGGGUUAUUGAGAACAAGGACACAAAUGUGAUGCUGCUGAUUGGGAAAAGAUCAUGGAAUGUGAAAUUACUUCGUUGUUAUGAGGGAAAAUAUAACCGUCGCCUUUCUGCUGGCUGGCACUUGUUUUUAACUGAAAGUGGACUGAAAUCAGGAGAUGUUUGUGUCUUUGAAUUGAUAAACAAGAAAGAUUUGGUUUUUAAAGUUCAUGUUUACUAA